AAAAGGUUCUGUAGUGGAAAUAAAUCCGAAAGGAGGGGCCAUAGGUUUCAGCUGUCGAGUCGAAAUCCAAAUCGAAUCGAAUCGAAUAGAAUCGACUCAUCUCCGCCAUUAUCGUCUUCUUCUUUUCUCUCCCCGCCACUUCUACGGUUCUCAGAUCCUCCGAUCCGGCGGCGUUACUUUGCUACACUCCUCUCUUCUUCUUUUUUCUGUUCUUCGCCGAUAGACUAAGGAAGUUUUGAACAAGGAAAAAUUCCCGAAAACGCGUAUACGGAUCUGAUACGGUUUUUUCGCGGUUGGAUUAGGAAUGGUUUCGCUGCCUUAAUUAUCUCGAAAAUCUGUUUGUUGACCAGCUCGACAGAGAAAUAGUUUCAAGAAGGUUUCUUUGGUUUCUCUGUUUGUGCUCAUCAAAGGAGUUUAGGGUUUUUAUUUGUGUAUGCCUCCCGAUCGCUGUGUGUUUGUUUCGUCGGCGGGACUCGGGAGCAGAGAGAUCAGCUUACGGAUAUGCAGAAGAGUGGCGUAAACCGGAACCCUUCUUUAAGAGUAGCGAUCCCUCAGGCACAACAAUCGCUUAGGAGAUUAGGUAUUUGCUCUCAAAUUGCUACCGGCGGAUCUCAGCAAUCAUCCCCUGUAGUAUUCCCUGAAAAGCGAAGCAAGAAGGUGAAGGCAUCUUCGAGACGUGCUGAGAUCACAAAUGAUCCGCAGGUAAAACCAAAAGCUGAUGAGCAUCGGAUUGAAAUUGGUGGAGGGGAUGAGAAAUCAGAUUUGUUAGGUAGUCUUGUUUACUCUGGUAAGCUUUUAUUGGAUAAGAGAAAAUCUGCCAGUGGGAAAGAUGCAACAGAGAUACAGCAACCAUCUGCCACAGAUAUCUUUAACAAAAAAGCAGUUGAUGCGAAGCUUACAAGCAAGGCUCUGGUUUGGAGUUCCGACAUGCUACAGCUUGACGAUGUUGUCUCGUUGACAUACAAUGUCGGUCUCAGGCAUUUCACCGUCCAUGCUUAUCCAAUUGGAAAAGGUUCUUGUGGCCUUUCUUGCUUCACGAAACCAAAGAGAAGUCGCAAGGAUUUCCGUUUCAUUGCACCUACAGUAGAAGAAGCAGUUCAGUGGGUGGCCAGUUUUGCAGAUCAACAAUGUUUUAUCAAUUGUUUGCCACAUCCUUUAGUCUCAAAGAAACAGGCUUCGUCUGAGUUAUUUUCGGUCCCCAUCGAUACUCCUCCUGAGUUGGUCUUCAGGUGUAAGAGUGCACCGAAAAUGCUUGUCAUACUGAACCCUAGGUCAGGGCAUGGCCGGUCUACCAAGGUUUUCCACGAUGUAGUGGAACCAAUUUUCAAGCUGGCCGGGAUUAAGUUGGAGGUUGUCAAAACAAAUAAAGCGGGCCAUGCGAGAGAGUUGGCUUCCACAGUCGACAUUAGCUUAUGCUCAGACGGUAUAAUUUGUGUUGGAGGAGACGGAAUCAUCAAUGAGGUACUUAAUGGUCUACUUUCUCGAAGCAAUCAGAAAGAAGGGGUUUCUAUCCCAAUUGGAAUAGUGCCUGCUGGCUCUGAUAACUCGUUAGUUUGGACUGUACUUGGUGUUAGAGAUCCUAUUUCUGCAGCACUCUCUAUCGUUAAGGGUGGCCUAACAGCUACUGAUGUGUUUGCUGUUGAAUGGAUUCAUACGGGUGUAAUGCACUUUGGAAUGACUGUCUCCUACUAUGGUUUUGUUAGCGAUGUUUUGGAGCUCUCUGAGAAGUACCAAAAACGCUUUGGUCCGAUGCGUUACUUAGUUGCUGGAUUCCUCAAGUUCAUGUGUUUGCCAAAGUAUAGCUAUGAAGUGGAAUAUCUUCCGGCGCAAAAAGAGGAUGCAGAAGGCAAAACUAUACCUGAAAAGGAAGUUGUUGAUGUGCAAGAUCUUUACACGGAUGUAAUGAGGAGAUCAAGCAAAGAAGGAAUGCCUAGAGCCUCCAGCUUAUCAAGUAUUGACUCUAUAAUGACCCCAAGCGUAGGCGAGCUGGACACAUGUAGCAGCACACAUGCGAGCACCGAGCCAUCUGAAUAUGUUCGUGGAAUAGAUCCUAAAAUGAAACGCUUGUCCUCUGGCAGAAGAGAUGUUGCAGCUGAGCCAGAGGUGGUUCACCCUCAAGGACAGUCAACAACCCCUAAUUGGCCAAGGACAAGGUCAAAGUCAAGAACAGAUAAAGGAUGGAUGGGGUUAACAUCCGUGCAGGAUCCUCCAACGCGAUGUUCAUGGGGGAAUGCCGGUGCUCAUGACAGAGAAGACAUUUCAUCUACUGUAUCAGACCCGGGUCCAAUCUGGGAUGCGGGACCCAAAUGGGACAGUGAACCGUCUGCUUGGGAUAUAGAAAACUCGAUCGAGCUGCCAGGUCCUCCUGAGGAUAUAGAGACAGGACUGAGGAAGCAGAGCAUAACACCAAGAUUUGAAGAUAAGUGGGUUGCUAGAAAGGGACAUUUCCUUGGCAUCAUGGUCUGUAACCAUGCUUGUCGGACGGUGCAGAGUUCUCAAGUCGUGGCUCCAAAUUCUGAACAUGACGAUGGGACGAUGGACAUGCUCUUGGUUCAUGGGUGUGGAAGACUGAGGUUGCUGAGGUUUUUUAUCCUUCUGCAAACCGGUCGACACCUUUCGCUUCCUUAUGUCGAGUGUGUAAAGGUGAAGUCGGUGAAAAUAAAGGCGGGAAAACAGACGCAUGACAGUUGUGGUAUAGACGGAGAGCUGUUUGCAUUGAAUGGAGAGGUGAUAUCGACUAUGCUACCGGAACAAUGCAGAUUGAUCGGUAAUGCUCCUGCACGACAUUUAUAGUUAUUAAGUCUCAUCAAAUUAUGUGGAUGGAUGGAGAGAAGGAGAAAGAGAGAAAGAGUUUGGGUGUUUAUAUAUCUGGAAUUCUUUGUUGUUUUUUUUUUUUGUUGGUGAUGGUUUUUGUUCUGGUCGGCGUCAAUAGCUAUGCGAUGAGAGAAAUAACAUGAGAGUAUAUGGACCACAAUCCUACCUUUUGUGCCAUAAGUUCCCUAAAAACCCUAAACCCCUUUGUAAAUUCUUUUGCCCUUUUUUUUUCUCCCAUGUGUGUGUUUCGAAUCAUAUAUAUGUACUAUAUGUGUUUUCCGACAAUGAGUCGUGUGUUCCCCCUUA